CUGAUCUUUGGUGGUCCUGGAUUGAUGACGUCAAACGCUUAUCUUUUUUCGCGGGAAAAGUAAAGUGAGUUCCGAGCUAUGCGGCCGGCCGAGUGAGGAGUAUUCCUGGAGUUGACUCGACAUGAAGAGGGGUUCGCGAGAGGUUUGGUGAGAGAGGCCGUGCGGCUGAUCUGGGGCGACGAGAGCGGAAAACCAGAUUGGCUCAUCACUCCAGAAGAAACUAUGGAAAGCCAAGAAUUUAUUGUAUUGUACACUCACCAAAAAACGAAGAAGUCCAAAGUGUGGCAAGACGGAACACUGAGGAUCAGCCCUGUGGGAAGUAAAGCAAUCUUAUAUGAUGACAAAGGACAGUGUUUGGAGAGUCUAUUUCUUAAGUGCCUUGAGGUGAAGCCUGGAGACGGUUUAGAAAGUGACCGCUACUUAAUCACAGUUGAGGAGGUGAAGGUGGCAGCUAGCAGUGCACUGAAGCAGGAGACCUUUCCAGAAACACCAGCAUCCAGUUCUAGAAUAUUUGCCUCCUUUGGCCGGUCCUUGGGGUGUCAACCCGCUGGUUUAAAAAGGAAGUUUACUGGCUUCCAAGGACCACGUCAGGUGCCCCAAAAAGUGACUAUUAGAGAAUCUGGUGAAUCGACUACCUCGCCUGAGCCCCGUAGGCCUAGCCCUGCUUCCCUUCUCCCACUCCAAAGCACGUCUACUUUGUUUGCCACUGCUGGCAGCAGAGACACUAGUACCCUGCCAACAUACCCUGAGGGCACAGUUGCUUACAAGAACCCAGAGAGAAUCAGUGUGCCUUUUUUCUCAGCCAUAUCUAAUCCAUCCCUCAAGAUGAGCCCAGAAGUGCUAAGUGGGGACAGUGAUUUUCUACCUCCUGUCAGCGCUGUUAGUAAGCAUUCCAGCGGUUCAGGAGUUACACAAAACAUCAGAAGCAAAGCACAGAUAGUCGCUCUCCUGAAGUCCAAAUCAACUGGUACGAGUAAAGAGCUACGUUCUGGAAUCCCGGAAUGUUUUCCUCAGAUGUGCCCACAGGGAAGUCUGAAAAUUCCUGCUGAGCCAAUAUGUCCAGGGGAGCAGGGAGAGCAGGCUGAGGCGAAGAGCGCAGACAAUUCCCACUUCCAACGCCAACCAGGAAGCGGUGUGGGCGCUAGUAGCCGGUGGGCUGUAUAUUUGCCCUCAGACAGCUCACCUGUCCAUCCCUCUACUGGAAGUGGAGUUGUCUCCAAAAGCAGACCCCAGGCUUGGGAAGAUAACAACAUCGAUUUCAACCUUGAAGAUGUAUUUGAGGGGAAAAGGACCCAGCUCUUUGAAACACACACUGAAGAGGGGAGAAAGUGUAAUGAAGACAUGCCUGUAGGUGAGAUGCAGGAAGUGCAACAAGAAAUUUCUUCAUUCUGUGAAGCCAACAACUUGCCUGUUGCCUGUAGCAAUGAACAAAGCAGUGACCUACUGUCAGAACCUGACAUUCACGCAAAUACUAGAGCACCUGCUAGUCAGAAUGACCAGAUGUGCAUAAAAGAGUCUGGUCUCACGUACGAUGCUCAGGGGCCAGACCCGUGUGAGAUUCCAGAAAGGGAGCAUCAACAGCCAGUGUCGCAUCCUCCAGAGGCUGCACCUCUACAGACUGAAUCUUCUCUGGGUUUCAAUCGUAGCAUCUCUGAUGACGUUAGCAAUGUAUUUUCCAAGGGCCAAACUGAUCAUGAAGACCAGGAGAGUCUUCCUGAAGCUGGGGACAGUGGGACGCAACCACUGAUGGAGGUGACUUUUGACCUCAAUGCUUUUGAAACCAGUGACACUGAGGAAGAGUCACAGGGAAGCAGCAAAAUUUCCCAAGAUUCAGAGGGUGAGGUGGGGGCAACUUUGGCUCAUAGCGGCAGUGCAGGUGUUCCAAGGGGUGAGGACAGGAUCUGUAAGGAAGUGGGCAGUGGAUGUUGGCCUCUCUUAACAUCUUCUGGGGACAAACCUAUGGAGCCUCUGCUAUCACAGUUUUGUGAUAACAUUUAUGUAGGUUUUGACACAGGGCUUUGGAAAGCUAGAAAGAGCAGCAAAGAAACGGAGGAGGAGGAUGAGCCUAUAAGCUGUUUGGACGCAUCUUUAGAAUGGCUUGAGGAUGCACAUGCGGAAAACCACCAAGAAACACUUAAUAAAUCUGUCGCCAAAGAUACAGUCCAUGAUGAUUUUACUCUACUCCCAGAUACACCUAAAUGCCUCAACACCAAUGUGCCCAUGCCUCAUUUUCUAAACACAGCCACUAACCAGACUCCCGAAAACAGCCUGUUUUCAGAGCAGGCUCAGCCACAGGCUUCUGUUCUAAGAAAAGAGGUAGGUAAGAAUGAACAGAUUUUACCGUGGGCCUACAGCCAUGACAACGGUCUCCAGCUACUAAGUGCCAGUCAUUGUCCUGUACUUGGUCAAUCAGAUAUGCCAGCUUCCAGUUCUUUGUUUUAUCCUCUGGAAAAAAGGCAUCCUGUUUCCGAAAGCACAGAAGCACUUAGUCCUGAAUCUGAACAUAGGGGAAGGAUUAGAAGUUUAUCCCAUGACUACCGUGAAGAAGAAACUACUGGAGAAAAACAAUACCCGAGUAGUCCUAGAAAAUCUUCAGAACUUUCUGGAUUGAAAGAUAGCAUUUCCCUCUUAAAGUCAUUGUCUGAACACACCACAGCUUUAGAAGGCUUGGAAAUAUUGAAGAAGAAAAAUACUGCCUUUCAACAGCAAAAAAUUAUACAGACAUACAAGCCAGCAAGCGAUCCUGAAUGUGAGAAUAGCAUGCUUGUUUCAGCCAGGAGACCACCGACUACACUACCCCCACAGGCUAUACCAGAGUGUCAGCUGACCCAGGAUUCUCAGCGGUUCCCAAAUAAAGAAAACUUUCCAAAAGGAAGCACUACCUUUCAGAUUGAAGACACUUUUCAAGUGGUGGCUAAGUCUGAUCCAUACUCAUUUGAAAAUGAUUUAACCAAAGGAUCUAGUUAUCUGGUGAACAAGAACCUCCCAUCUUCAGGUCGACCCCAACUUCCCCCUGUGACUUGGCCACCUGUUGAGGGCAGCAGAGCUCCCUGCUCACGUGUGAUGACCUCUGACAGGCAGGUGGCUUCUGCAGCUCCGAUGCUCAGCCUGUGCCAAGAGCCAUCACCUUUCCCUUUCAGCUUCAGGCCUGAGCACCAGUACAAACCUCCUUCCUCUCAGGAAUCCAGGGGAGCGACCCCGGUGGAUGCCUCACAUCUCCAUAGUGUGUCCAGUCAAAGCAAGUGGCUGAAAUAUCAAAACACAGCACUGAGCAACUUGGCUGCUCCGGGCAGACCAGGUGGGCAGGGGUCCCCGGGGUCUCAGGCUGGCGAGCGUCCCUGUGAGCCAGGGCACCGAUGGAGUGGAGCUGCCGACAGCAACUGCCCAGGCCCCGGGCCUCUGCAAAUAAUAACAGACAUGCUGUGGCACCAGCAGCAGGACUAUAGUGGCCCAGGCUUGGUUUCCAGAAGGAAAGAACUUUGCCCGGAUUUACAGCCAGCACUAAAGAUGGAGGGAUUUCAGGACACGACAAGACAGUCCACGCGGUACAAGGAUGGUAGAGCAGGAGGUGUACAGGAGGUAAAUGGCUCGGAGCUCUGCUUCCCAAGUGGGCAAAAAAUAAACUCCGCUUACCUUCCCCAAAGGCAGAUACACAUACCAGCUGUUUUUCAAUCUCCUGCACAUUAUAAGCAGGUUUUUACAUCUUGUCUCAUAGAGCAUCUAAACAUACUGCUGUUUGGGCUGGCACAGAGGUUGCACAAAGCUCUUUCAAAAGUCGACUUGUCAUUUUACACAUCAGCGAAGGAGGAGACGCCAAGGCAGGGGGACGCCUUUGUGCCUUCCUGCCACCACCAGCAGCCGGCGAAGCUCGUAGCUGUCCGAAAGGAGGGACCAAAUCAGGGUCGUCUCUUUUAUACCUGUGACGGACCCAAAGCUGACCGGUGUAAAUUUUUCAAGUGGCUUGAAGAAGUGACUCCAGGACCUUCACUGCAGGGACAGGGUCCGCCAAGCAGGGUGUUCAGUGACAUAAAGAAUAUCGGCUUGUACCUAAGAAGUCAGAAGAUCCCCUUGUAUGAGGAGUGCCAGCUUUCAGUGAGAAAAGGCUUUGACUUCCAAAGAAAGCAGUAUGGCAAACUGAAGAAGUUUGCCACUGUAAAUCCUGACUUCUACAGUGAACCUAAAAGCAGGCUUUAUCUGAAGCUGAGUCGGAAGGAAAGCUCUUCAGCUUACAGCAAAAAUGACCUUUGGGUGGUUUCAAAAACCCUCGACUUUGAGUUGGAUACUUUCAUUGCAUGCAGUGCUUUUUUUGGACCAUCCUCUGCCAACGAGGUGGAGAUCCUGCCUUUGAGAGGGUACUACCCUUCCAACUGGCCCCCGAAUAGUGUGGUCCAUGCAUUGUUGGUCUGCAAUGCUAGCACAGAGCUCACCACUUUGAAAAACAUCCAGGACCACUUUAAUCCUGCGACUCUACCAAUAAUACAGCACCUCUUAACCAUGACUUCAACGUCUGUAGUCAGCACCCAGAGAGCGAAUAAGAGAAGAUUCAUCCCACCAGCAGCCUCAAAAAUCAACACGAGAUGUGAACUGCUGGGUCUUGGGCCAACACUGCAGUUAGCCAGAGAGUUCAUCCAGCGCUACAAGUUGAACGAGGAUCAGGCCACAGCCCUGGUGCAGAUGGCACACAUGAUGGCAUCACACACGUCUACAGCCGGAGCACAGGAAGAGCCAGCCCCUCCCCUGCCCGUCACCAUCAUUCACGGUGUCUUUGGAGCAGGGAAGAGUUACCUGCUGGCAGUGGUGAUUUUGUUCUUUGUGCAGCUUUUUGAAAAGAGUGAAACUCCCACUGCCGGGGAUGCAAGGCCUUGGAAACUUCUGAUUUCUUCUUCCACGAAUGUAGCUGUGGACAGAGUACUCCUGGGGCUCCUCAGUCUUGGGUUUGAAAAGUUCGUCAGAGUCGGGAGCAUCAGGAAGAUUGCCAGGCCGGUUCUGCCUUACAGCUUGCAUGCAGGUUCUGAAAAUGAAAACGAGCAACUGAAAGAACUCAAUGCACUGAUGAAAGAGGACCUGACUCCGAUGGAGAGAGUGUAUGUGAGGAAGAGCAUCGAGCAGCAUAAGCUGGGGACCAACAGGAAGCUGCUGAAGCAGGUCCGAGUGGUGGGCGUGACUUGUGCGGCCUGCCCAUUCCCCUGCCUGAACGAGCUGAAGUUCCCAGUGGUCCUGCUGGAUGAGUGUAGCCAGAUCACCGAGCCUGCUGCCCUGCUCCCCAUCGCGAGGUUUGAGUGUGAAAAGCUGAUUCUUGUCGGGGACCCCAAGCAGCUUCCCCCGACUAUUCAGGGUUCUGACGCAGCUCAUCAAAAUGGAUUGGAACAAACUCUCUUUGAUCGACUCUGCUUAAUGGGCCACAAGCCAGUGCUGUUGAGAACCCAGUACCGGUGCCACCCAACCAUCAGCGCUAUUGCCAAUGACCUGUUUUACGAAGGGAGCCUCCGGGACGGCAUCGAGGAAGCCGAUAGGGGCCCUUUGCUCGAGUGGCUGCCGACCCUGUGCUUCUACAACGUGAAAGGGCUGGAGCAGGUUGAAAGAGAUAACAGCUUUCAUAACGUGGCAGAAGCUGCUUUUACACUCAAGCUGAUUCAAUCACUGCUUGCGAGUGGGAUAGUGUCCUCUGGGAUUGGGGUGAUAACAUUAUACAAAUCCCAGAUGUACAAGCUCUGUCACCUACUGGCUGCUGUGGGCUCAGAGCAGCCGCCCGUGAGGGCCGUGCAGGUGUCCACCGUCGACGCAUUCCAGGGGGCCGAGAAGGAGGUCAUCAUUCUGUCCUGUGUGAGGACCCAGCAGGUCGGGUUCAUUGACUCGGAGAAAAGGAUGAAUGUGGCCUUGACCCGGGGAAGGCGGCACUUGCUGAUUGUGGGGCACCUGGCGUGCCUGAGGAAAAACCGGCUGUGGGCCCGCGUGAUCCAGCACUGUGAAGGAAGGAAGGAUGGGCUGCAGCUUGCAAGCCAGUGUGAGCUCCAGCUGGACCGUCUCCUUCAAGCUUAUUCCGAAAACCAAGCAGAAGAGAAACAGAGGAAAAAGAGAGACAAAGAAAGCUAAAAAUCAGCUUCAUUUGUAAGAAGACAUGAUCUAUAUGUAUGUAAAUCCAAGUCAACUUUACAUGAUGUAUUUUCUCAUUAGCCCAAAGUCUUUCUUACAGAAAGAAAAAGUUUCAUGAUCUUUAUGUGACAUAUCAGAUAAACACCUACAAAAAAAAAAAAAAAAAAGACCUUUACAAAGUUGAUAAUACUAUUGUUAAGCUAUGGAUAGUAAUAUAUUUUAAGUCUUACUAAUAAAAAUAAUUCUCUCCCUUUCUUUAAUUUAGUUAUGGCUUCAAAAAGAUUUUUUUAAGGAGAAGGGAAGAUACUACUUUAAGAAUAAGUGAAUGUCAGGGGGCUGGGCAUUGGCGCACCUGGUUAAGCACACAUAUCACUAUGCUCAAGGACUCAAGUUCAAGCACCCACUCCCCAAGCAGGGAUGCUUCAUGAGCGGUGAAACAGGUCUGGAGGUGUUUAUCUUUCUCUCUCCCUCUCUCCCUUCCCUUCUCUUCUCAAUUUCUCUGUCCUGUCAGAUAAAACAGAAAGAAA